GUCCUACUUCUCUUUUUUCCCAGGACUGCCUGAUAUCAGUGUAGAGCAAAUCAGUUGCUUCUGCUGAAGACGGUUAGCGCUCCACAUCGAAGUGUCAAAGAUUCUGCUGCCAAAGACAGCUCUUCAGCUCCUUCUCUUGCAUGAUUCUGAUGUUAAUGUGUCCAUUAUAUCCAUGAUGGAUUACUGCGUGUCUUCUGAAAGGUGCUUGCAAAACAAGAAAGAAUUGGAGUCAAGACAGCUCAUCUCACAGAUGUGUUAUCUUAUACAUCAAAAGAGCACAGAUGAGAAUGUACAAGAGACUGUAAAAGCCCUCCAUUGGGAGGAGUUAGAUAAACACUCACCAGUAACCUGCCUGCGUUAAACCUUGUGCGCAAGUCUGAGAUAAAGAGCACUAUAAAGGGUGAGCAGCUAGCAGGGCACCAGACUGGUCUGCCCACAACUCUCUGAGAGGUUGCAGGUCAAGUGUGCAGAGGUGCUCCUAGGAGGAAUCAGCAUGGAACCUGAGGAGUACAGACGGAGAGGGAAAGACAUGGUGGAUUACAUUUGCCAGUACCUGAGCAAUGUGAGAGAGAGACGAGUGACUCCUGAUGUACAACCAGGUUACAUGAAAGCUCAGUUGCCAGAUUCUGCCCCAAUGGACCCAGAUAGCUGGGACAACAUCUUUGGAGAUAUAGAGAAAAUCAUUAUGCCUGGGGUGGUUCAUUGGCAAAGUCCACACAUGCAUGCCUACUUCCCAGCUCUUACUUCUUGGCCUUCGCUGCUUGGAGAUAUGCUGGCAGAUGCAAUUAACUGCUUGGGAUUCACCUGGGCCUCCAGUCCCGCCUGUACAGAACUGGAAAUGAAUGUGAUGGACUGGCUGGCUAAAAUGCUGGGACUUCCAGAUAAAUUCCUGCAUCACCAUCCUGAUAGUGUGGGCGGAGGAGUAUUACAGAGCACCGUGAGUGAAUCAACCUUGGUUGCGCUCCUGGCAGCACGGAAAAACAAAAUUCUGGAGAUGAAGCUUUCUGAGCCAGACGCUGACGAGUCCUCACUCAAUUCUCGUCUCAUUGCUUACGCAUCUGAUCAAGCACAUUCUUCUGUGGAAAAGGCUGGCUUGAUUUCUCUUGUGAAGAUGAAAUUUCUGCCUGUGGAUGAGAACUUUUCCCUUAGAGGUGAAACUUUGAAGAAAGCCAUAGCAGAAGACAGAAAGAAAGGCCUAGUGCCCGUCUUUGUUUGUGCAACUUUGGGUACAACUGGUGUCUGUGCUUUUGACAGUCUCUCUGAGCUGGGUCCAAUUUGUGGUGCUGAGGGACUCUGGCUUCAUAUUGAUGCUGCAUAUGCAGGAACAGCAUUUCUGUGUCCUGAAUUUCGAUUGUUCUUGGAUGGAAUUGAGUAUGCGGAUUCCUUCACUUUUAACCCUUCUAAAUGGAUGAUGGUUCAUUUUGACUGCACAGGAUUUUGGGUUAAGGAUAAAUACAAGCUACAUCAAACCUUCAGUGUUAACCCUGUCUAUCUCCGACAUCCCAAUUCAGGAGCUGCUGUUGAUUUCAUGCACUGGCAAAUUCCACUGAGUCGUCGAUUUCGUUCUUUGAAGCUGUGGUUUGUGAUUCGGUCAUUUGGGGUGAAAAAGCUUCAAGCUCAUGUUCGGCAUGGCACUGAAACAGCCAAAUUCUUUGAAUCUUUGGUAAGAAGUGAUCCACUGUUUGAAAUUCCUGCCAAGAGACAUCUUGGACUGGUUGUGUUUCGUUUAAAGGGUCCCAACUGGCUGACAGAAAAACUCCUGAAGGAACUGAGCAGUUCUGGCAGGCUCUUCCUUAUUCCAGCAACCGUUCGUGAUAAGUUCAUCAUCCGCUUUACUGUAACAUCUCAGUUCACAACCAGGGAAGAUAUUCUGCAAGACUGGAACAUCAUUCAACACACUGCAGCCCAAAUCAUUAGCCAGCAUAAUGAAUUGCAUCACGUCAGUUCUGGUGAUGAGGCAAAAAUCCCUAAUCCAAUAUCUGAGCCUAGUUCUAGUGUCAUUAGUCAUGCUUCUCAGCUCUAUAUAGAAGAAGGAAAAUACAAAAUACCUUCCAGAAAAAUAGUAGGUCAGCCCAAAAAGCUAGAAAUGAGUCCCAGUACAUGUGUGAUCAGUCAGCAAGUGGAAGGUCAAGGGGAUCUAGAUGAUUGUUUUCCAGAAGAUGUACAAGAUGUUACCAAACAUAAGUUAACCUCUUUCUUAUUCAGUUAUUUGUCUGUUGAAGGCAAGAAAAAGACAGCACGUUCGCUUAGCUGCAACAGUGUGCCAGUGACUGAUGUUCUUGAGCAAUGUAAUCCUAAGGCAACAGAUACUGACAAGAAGAAGCCUCAUGCAAAUGCCAGAAUUCUUUCCAGGCUGCCUGAAGAGGUGAUGAUGCUCAAAAAAAGUGCCUUCAAAAAAUUAAUUAAGUUCUACAGUGUCCCGAGCUUUCCAGAGUGCAGCAUUCAGUGUGGUCUUCAGCUGCCUUGUUGCCCCCUGCAAGCCAUCGUUUAACAAGUAAAAGAGAUUGGUGCUUAAGAGCUGUCUAGGUAGAAAGAGAACCAAAGUUUGCUUAUUCAUAUGCAAUACUACAUGUGAUUUUCUUCAAUAUGCAUAUUGUGGUAACAACCUCUGAGAAAAUUCCUGUGCUUUUAUUGGUGGAAAACUGUGUGUAUUUAUAGAUUAAAGUGUCAAAUAAACCUUGUAGACAUAUAACGUGAAACUUUGGUUUGUAGACUGUGGUAAAGAAAAUGCUAACUUCUGCUUUAUAG